AUGGACCACCGUGGGGGAGACCCGCCCGACCUCAUACCCGCCUCGUAUCAAAAGUUCCACCAGCCUUACUUCACCCCGAAAGAGGUCGAAAUGCUGUCGGAGCGACAGCGAGGAAAGCUCUCGAUCGCCCAAGAGGAGCGCGCGAGGCAGGACGCGUGCAGGUUCAUCGAGGCCAUUGGGCUGGAGAUUGGCUUCCCCAGGAAGACCAUUGCCACUGCACAGAAUCUCUACCACAGAUUCCACCUCUUCUUCCCCCGUCACAUGAAAGACAUCCAGUACUAUGACGUUUGUCUGGCGGUACUACUGGUGUCAUGCAAGAUACACGACACGCUGAAGAAAACCCGGGACCUCCUCCUAGCCGCGCACGGAGUACGAAAUCCGGACAGGGCAGCUAGAGCGAAAGCCAUGGGAGGUGAAAUUGACGUUGAUCCUAUGGAAUUGGAUGGGAAUAGGCAACGUCUACUCGCAGUCGAACGGCUAGUCGUCGAGACUAUAUGCUAUAACUUCAAUACUCGAGUACCAUUUUCAUACAUUAUCAAAAUGGCAAGAGGUAUAUCAACUCCGAAGAGACUGGCGAAACUAGCAUAUCGUCUUGCCGUUGACAGUUUCCGCACCCUUAUCAACCUCUCCUACCCCCCACACACCGUCGCCCUUGGCUGCAUUUACCUCGCCAGCCUCCUCGACUCCUUCGAACACGAAGACGAGCGCGACUCCAGCUCUUCGCACCGUCUCGCCUAUGAUCUCGUCGACAGCAAUUGGCCGCGCAGUUACCAAGUCCACAUCGGCGACAUCGAGGAAAUUGCUCACGGCCUCAUCGAUCUGCUCAUCGCCACCGCUCAGGCAUACUCGCAACAAUACCCCGGGACGGCGAACCCAAGCGCGAACACCUCCCCGCACACGCCGUCGUCGCCAUCCCCUCACAUCGCCGUGUCCGGGCGCGCCCCGCCUCCAGCCGCGGUGGCCCCGCCUGUGCCGUGGAAGGUGGAUUUUCUGAUGCGGCUGAAGAUACAUAUGCGAGAGACGGAACAUCAAGGGAGGUUGAGGGAGAGUUCGGCGGGAGACCUGAGCUCGAACCUGAUAGGGACCCACGACAAGCCGGUGCGGUUCAUGUUCGCGCCGCAGGUGUGGAUGGACGACCCUUGA